AAUCAAUCUUUUCUAUUUGACGCCCUCUCCAGAAUUUAUCAUGGGGAAAAGAAAGGCUAGCGGUCGCCCAGCGGCUAGAAAUGCGCCCGUCCAAGAACGUACAAAAUUUAAUAUCGAGGAAAGAUUCGACGACUCCGAGGAUGAUUUCCAAACUGGUCGGGAUCAAGUCCUACUGGAGGAAGAACCAGAUGCGAAGAGGCGACGGAAGCUGAUGCAGCAAGAGGAAAUGCUUCAGCCUUCCGACGAAGAAAUUAUGGGUUACGAGUCAGUGGACGAAGACGGUUUAAACGACGGUGAGGAUAUGGACGAAGAUGAUGAUUCUGGUGAAGAGGAUGAAAUCGACGACCAAGAACUUUUACGUCCAGGAAACAAGCGCCGCGGUGCUGCGGAGUCUGAUUCUGAGGGCGAAGACGAGGACGGCAUUGCCGCCUGGGGCUCAUCAAAGAAAGACCUCUACAAUGCGGAUCAAAUAGAAACAGAAGCGGAUGCUCUUGAGGAAGAGGAGGAAGCUAAGAGACUUCAACAGAAGCAUUUGCAAGCGAUGGAUGAGGCUGACUUUGGCUUUGACGAAGCCGAAUGGGUCGAAACCGGCAAAGGGAAAGAAGACGGGGAAGAUGACUCUGGAGUCGUAACGGAAGUUCUCCCACAGUUGGAAAUCACUGAUGAUAUGAGCACAGAGGAGAAACUGAAAAUCCUGAAGUCGAGAUACCCCGAGUUCGAGCCGUUGGCAAAAGAUUUUGUCGACCUUCAGACAACACAUCGUACACUUACGGAAGCCGUCGAUGCUAUCAGGAUCGUCAAAGACGCGGAUGAUAUCCCGGACGUUGCGCCAGUCCCUGUCAUCAAGCAUCGUGCCCUGUCCGCUUAUCUCGGCACUAUCACUAUGUACCUUAUGCUUUUGACGUCAUCCUGCGAUGCCUCUGGGAACCCAGCUCCCCUAUCUCCGGCCCAAUUACGAUCCCAUCCUGUCAUGGGCGCACUAGUGAAGUUCCGCAAGCUUUGGGUAUCAGUUAAAGAUCUUACUACGCCCGAGGUUUCGGAAUCCGAGGAAGAGAUGAAGAGCGAAGAGGAAGUACUCGAAGCCCCAAUCGCCAAGCAGAGCAAGAAGGACAAAGAGGCCCAGGUUGCCAAGAAAAGGAAGGAGAAGAUUACCAAAGCACAGCGUGCGGCCGAAGCAGCACAGGCAGAGGCAGAGGCCAGAAGGGCAGAGCGACUGCGGGAGACGGAGGCUAACCUUGCAGACCUCUCGAAUCUUGUCACUAAACCAAGCAAGAAGAGAGCUACUCAAAAGAGUAAGCAACCUUCUCAUGCUGCCGAUGACUCUGAUUUUGGUGAUGAGGAUGCUCUUACUGCUAAGGAGGCAGAGGAGAAAGCCAAGCAGAAGCGUUCUCUCCGUUUCUAUACUUCUCAACUUGCACAGAAGGCAAACAAGCGCAGUGCUGCUGGUCGCGAUGCUGGUGGAGAUGCGGAUAUACCUUACCGUGAACGUCUGAAGGAUCGUCAGGCCCGUUUGAACGCUGAAGCCGAGAAGCGUGGUAGACAGCAGCCUAAGGGAGCAGAACAGCUGGGUGGUGAUAGUGACGAGGAAGACCAUCGGAUUGCCAAUGAGCUUAGAGGAAACCAGUCGGGAUCUGACGAUGACGAUUAUUAUGAUAUGAUUGCUGCGCGUUCCAAGCAACGUAAGGAUGAUAAGAAGGCACGUUCCGAAGCUUAUGCUGCUGCAGCUCGCGAGGGAGGCCAGGUGGCAAUCCAGGAAGAGAUUGGACCGGAUGGCAAACGAGCCAUCACCUAUCAGAUCGAGAAGAAUAAGGGUCUUGCGCCCAAGCGGAGCAAGGACUCUCGCAAUCCUCGUGUCAAGAAGAGGAAGAGGUUCGAAGAGAAGAAGAAGAAGCUUAGCAGUAUCCGCCAGGUAUACAAGGGUGGUGAAGGCCGUGGCGGUUAUGGUGGUGAACUCACGGGUAUUAAGAAGAACUUGGUUAAGAGUGUCAAGCUAUAGACUUUUCUUCUUGUUUCUCUGUGGGCAUGAGUGGAUACAUAGUUUGGGCGUUCAUUUUCGUGAUUACAAAAAAGGAUUCGUGUGUACAUAUAUAAUUCAUAUGAUAAAACCUUGGUUCGAG